CACGAAGAUUAAUACACAUCUGCAAGCGCUCGAACCAAUUUUCGAAGCACUCAUUCCACUCGUUUGCUGGCAGAUCCAAAACGGCAUUUUUGAAUGCGUCAACUGCUUCUUCUGGUGACUGGAACCUUUGACCACGCAGUUUGUUUCUAAUUUUCGGGAAAGUAAAGAAAUCGUUAGGACUUAGAUCGGGACUAUAUGGAGGAUGGACCAAUAAUUACACGUUUUCUUCCGUUAAAUACUGCCUUGUUUUUGGACUGUAUAGAGGAUGAUUCUUCUUUCGGGGUUGAUUUUUCGAAGCGCGGUGAUGACUUUUGGCAAACAAAUGGUGAUAUACCAAUCCGCAGUAACAGUUAUUUGCUCAUUAAGAGGAAUUUUUGCAAUAUGACCCGCUUUUGACACAAAUGUCGAGUCCAUCUUUUUCGAAACACUUC